AUUCUUUUUAAUUUUUAUUCAACGUUUCGGCCUAUUGUUUGCCAACAAACACAUCGCAGCUUUGGAGCCUCAGUUUUCAAAAUUUGCGCACGCGUGGAAAAAAAGAUAUCCGGAAUCUAUUGCUUAAUCACAUGCCUACCAUGCUUUCGACGGGACUACUAAGAACGACUAUCAUUGAAGCAACCAAAUCACCGUUCGGCUCCAAGACUCGAUUGCAGCAUAAUGAAGCGCACAGGUCUGGAGAGUCCCUAGACUCUCUAGGUAACCAACGCAAGCAAACUAAGUUGCAACAGUUCAUUUAUAGUCAGCGCGGUGAACAGAAUCCCGAGUACCACCAUGCACCGCGCUGCUAUGUGAAGAACUUUAUGAAGUACCAGAAUGAUCUGGAGAAGCAUGGGCAAGAGUUGAGAGUAAACAGGAUAAUCCAUUCAAACCCUCGAUACCGUUGGGCCGACUUUCGCAGGCGCAUGGUGUAUGGAAUAUACGAUAUAUAGAAGGUUUUCGCAGCUGACAAACCAAAGAAGAAUUGUUAGCAGCACUGAAAGCAUUCUAUACAUGAUAUAGAAAUGAGAGAAAAAUCAAACGAUAGUGGAGAAAAAAAAAAAAAAAAUGAAAUUUAAACAAAAUUCCAAGGGUCCAGAGCGGGAACAAGGUGCGAGCCAAUAUAAUUUUGUCGGAAACUGAAAUGAGAUGCAGCUUUUGAAAACCGAAACUUGUAUUGCUUAGCGGUUUGAAAACCGAAAUAUUGAUUAUUUUGCGGACUAUCUCUGUCACAGCACUAUUCUCACGGACACGCAGUGUGCUGCAUUUCUAAAAUCAAAUCCCUGGUGGAAAGACUACAAUAAAUGAAAAAUAUAUCUUUGAACUAUC